AUGUCUCAAGUUACUCGAGAGAAGAAAUGUUGUGACCUCCUUCACCUCCAUUCACUUGUCUUCUUCUCCAUUCAAAAGACAGCAGCGGACAUGGAUUCGAUACGUAGAAGUCGGAGCGGCUUUGUGAACAUAGAAAAAGUUCAAUUAAUCUUCUUGCGGAAAUCUGGGACGUCUUCGGCAUAUCGCGCAGCGGCGAGCUGGACAGUCGAGACCAGCUGCUUUGUAAAUCCACCUUCUUGGAUAGCUCUUGUGCUUCUCGAAACUUUCUGUGAAAUCUAUCUCCUACGCGUCUCGAUCGGCAUCUCUAGCGCCCAUAAUGAACUCAACUCGUCUUCCCGCUUCCUUCUCUCUUCGGAUAUGGAAAUAACCACACGCAUAUUACGCGUCAUCGACAUCGACAAUCUCGGAGCGAACGGCGGACUUCAAACCGACAUGGCAUCAUCCAUCGCAACUUGGCUGUCAUCAACAGCGCGAAAAUCCGCAGAUGUAGACAAACCGCUGGCUCGGGUAUAUCCCUCAUUUCGGAUGAAGGGACAGCGCAAGAGCUCCGCCGACUCCCGCGAAACACGGACCGCGCUCGCCUUUUCGGUUGAGCUUGCUGAUGACGCAAUCGCAAUCGUUUCAUAA